AUGGUCAAUGUUUUAGUUAUGGAUGCUCACUGUUCUCCACGAUUUGGCUCAGUAGUUAGGCCGCCUGCCUCGCAAAGCACAAGCCUCCCGGCGCACCGCCUCCGCAAGAAAAGGGAAGCGCUUCAUGUUGAGCACAUACUAAGGCCCUCUGCUACAUGGUUCCAGGUUCCUUUUACCUGCUUACCUUCUUUGACACCCGUUUUUACCCUGCAGUUCAGACAAGUGGGACUGCCGAUUUUCAAGUGUGCCUCUACUACUGCUGCUUCUUCCCCUCACCUGUACCUGCAAUGUCCUGGUCUUAUUCUUCUUGAGUCCAAAGCCACCUGCCUGGAAGAGCGUCCCCUGCUCCAGAAGUGUGAAUUGGCCCCGUCCAAGUUAGGUGAGGAAGUGGAUGAUGUGUACCUCAUUCGAGCCCAGGGACUGCCCUGGUCAUGUACUGUGGAGGAUGUACUUAACUUUUUUGCAGACUGCAAAAUCCGCAACAGUGAGAAGGGAAUACAUUUUCUCUUAAAUAGAGAUGGGAAGCGCAGAGGCGAUGCUCUGAUUGAGAUGGAGUCAGAGCAGGAUGUGCAGAAAGCCUUGGAGAAGCACCGCUUGUACAUGGGCCAGCGGUAUGUGGAAGUCUAUGAGAUAAACAGUGAAGAUGUGGAUGCCCUAAUGAAGAGCCUGCAGGUCAAAGCAUCCCCUCUGGCCAAUGAUGGUGUGGUUCGGUUGAGAGGACUUCCAUACGGCUGCAAUGAGAAGGACAUUAUAGACUUCUUUGCAGGACUGAAUAUAGUAGACAUCACUUUUGUGAUGGACCACAGAGGGAGGAGGAGGACAGGGGAAGCCUACGUGCAGUUUGAAAAGCCGGAGAUGGCCAGCCAAGCGCUGAUGAAACACAGGGAGGAGAUUGGAAACCGGUACAUUGAGAUAUUCCCAAGCAGAAAGAAUGAAGUUCGAACACAUGUUGGCUCUCAUAAAGGAAAAAAAGUGGUAUCUUCUCCUACUGCCAAGUAUAUAACCGAGCCAGAUGUGGUUUUUGAAGAACAUGAGAUAAAUGAAGAUAUUCGGCCCAUGACAGCUUUUGAAAGUGAGAAGAGGACAGAAUUGCCUAAGGAGGUGCUUGAGAAGCUUCCAGAGGCUGCUGACCUUGGAGCUGUGCCUUCCCUGCAUGUGGUGCACAUGCGUGGGCUGCCUUUCCAAGCCAAUGCUCAAGACAUCAUAAAUUUCUUCAUGCCGCUGAAGCCAGUGCGCAUCUCCAUGGAGUACAGCUCCAGCGGGAAGGCCACGGGUGAGGCUGAUGUGCACUUUGACAGCCAUGGGGACGCUGUUGCUGCCAUGCUCAAGGACCAGUCCCAUGUGCACCACAGGUAUAUUGAACUGUUCUUGAACUCAUGUCCAAAAUGAAAAUAAGACUUCAGGGAUUCCAUAUAAUAAGGGUGAAGCAAGAAGCAUUUCAUUUGCACAUUUCUUGGACAUGGAGUAUCAAGUUCCAGUUUAUUGGCAGCAGCUGCUAGAGAAAAGAUUUUGAGGUUUAUGGUUAAUUGGAUCUAAGAAAAAUAUGUAGUGGAUUGAUUAGAGAAAGAUGCAGUUUGGGAUUAUGAAAUAAAUCACAAAAUAUAAUUUUUGUUUAAGCUGCCCAAAAUCUGGUUAAGAGAAUCUGAUCUUUAUUUUAUAUAAAGUUUGUUUUCAGAGAAUAUGUUACCCAUUGUAAAGACUACAUAUUUUUAUUCAGCAGUAUUUGUUGAAAUCUUUCUCCCAUUUAAAAACUUAUCUGUUCACUUUUUUUUUUUUGCCUGUGAGUUAAGAGCUCUGAUAUAAAACCUCUCAAAGGGUUUAAAUAAUGAUAUAUUUUAACUACUCACCAAAGCAGGGAAAGAUUUUAGACUUUUAAACCAGAAAGGUUUGGCAAAACAAGUUUUAAUUGUAGCUGUAUCUGGUUACUGAGAUGGGGGUAGGGAUUUGAAAAACAAAAGGUGAGUGUAAUUUGGCAGUUUGAUGUCUUUGGAAGGCUUUUGCUUUCUAAGCCUUGUGCAGAGCCUUUUAGCAUUAGUGCCUGUCUGCUUAAGGGAAGUUGUAGUCUCAACUGGACAGUUACCGUCCCUCAUCCCAACUUUUUUGGUUUUGGGUAAACCUUAAGGGUGAAGUGAUACCAUAUGUCAGAAUGUCUAGAUUGUGAAGGAUAUUAAUGGCUUCACCUGGGUCUAAACCAGAGAGGGAGAAAAUGCAAGCUCUUCAUUUGCUUCUUCAGUGGGGGUAGCACAUCCUGUAUUUUAGAACAAGUAGGGUGCCUUGCUUAGGUGAAAAUAGCAUUCACUGCGUAACUGUGUGAGGGACUAUGGGUCAAGUUGUACUUCUGUACACUGGCAUCCCCUCUGCUUUCGUAUGCAACAGCUUGUUAGUACUGGACGCGACUGGCUUCCAGAUGUAGUCCUUAAUAAACUAACUGCGUGUCUGUGUCAGUCGCAGUUCUCUGCCAUACGUGCUUCGCCUUGCUCUUGCUCUCAGUGACAGCUACCCCGAGACACGGUUCCAUUUCUUCUUACUGACUCUGCCCAGGCUUUCUUUGCACAGAUGAUGUCUGGAGAAGAAAUUGUGUUUCUCUCCCUUAGCAUCUGACUGCCUCUAAUCACAGUGGAGAUGUGACUGUCUGUAAUGAGUGCAGAAAUGAAAGCUUGUUUUAGGCUGAAAAUGGCUUAAGAGAAUUUAUUAUUGGAUUAAGAGUCAACUGUAUUUUUUUAUUAUAUCCACUCCUGACAUAUUAAUAUAAGAAGAAAUGGGUAAUUUCCUGUUGUAUUUUAUCCUGCUGGAACAUACCUAACCUGCUUAACAGUCACGCUGUUUAGAUGGAAAUGUGUUUCCUUGUGGUUGAGUGUGAAGGUUGUGAGAACUCAUGGCCAUAGUUACCUGAGCAGUUAGGGUGUCAUCUGUUUUUCUCCCUUUCACAGAUUGCUUUUGGGGUCUACUUUACUGUGGAAAACAGCUGUAGGGUCCGUUGGGCUUGAUCAGGUGUUUAUUCAUUUGCACUUACUUUAUUUCCAGCUAAUGAAUCUCAUUGCACACCUAAGAAAAGAGUAAGAACACAGAGAGGUGUGGCGCAUACCUGUAAUCCCAGCACUCAGGAGGCUGAGGCAGGAGGAUCACCGUGAGUUUGAGGCCAGCCUGGGCUACAUAGUGAGUUCAAGGCCAGCCUGAACUACAUGUGACCCUGUCUCAGAAAAGAGUAAGGACACAAAUGCUACAAAGCUGUUUGGUGGCAGUAUCUUUGUAUACCUCACUAGAGGCCAGACCUUCCAUACAAAGCAGGCCUGGUAUCUGAAUUGUGUGUUGUACUCUAUCUAGUUGGUGUGUUACUUUUCCCAGCCAGUGAGUAAGUGGCUGCUGAAGGGGCAGAUUGCUGGGAGAGGGAGACCAAGGAAUGGAGCGAAGGCAUCUUAUUUGUAUACAAUAAAAAGGCAUUUGUCUCAUGGAUUUGUGAAAACUCGCUGUGCAUCCCAUUUGUUACUGGGGAAGCACUGCUAGGGAAGCUUCCUCCUGUCUUGGGCUCCUUUGUCUUUAUGAUCUUGGCGAUGGAUCGGCCCCUGCGCUUCCUGUAGAGCCUCAGGAGAGGGGGCUCUGAAGAGGCCUUCGUGAGCUCUGAGGAGAGUGACUCCAGCGAGGUGACCAAGGCCGGCCAGUGCAUCCUGAGGAGACGCCAAGGCCCUCACUGCCACGUCGGUUUCUGUGUGGAGACUCCUGUCGCCCUGUGACACCCCGUGGUCCGUGCUCCGUGCUCUGGACGUGUGGGAGGGCUGGGUGCCACCGGGCCAGGUGGAACAGGCUGUCCUAAAGCAGGACUGAGAGCAACUGCUUACUCCUUUACUCCUGCCGGGCUUCAGGGUUUCAUGAGGAACUGGAGGAGGGAAGAGCAUUAGAGAGCAGAGGGCCAGGUGCUCUAAGUCCCAUCGGCGAUGACCCACAGGUUGCUUUCAUGUCUCAGCUGUCAUCUCUGUUCCAUCUUUUGUGAAGUGUCUAUUUAGAUCUUUGGCCCAAUUUUUUUAGUUUCUUACUACAUUUUAGAAAGGAGAUUCAGUUUGUCUCAACCUUGUAAAAGUCAAGAGUGGUGGGCAAGUGGGCAGGGUGGCACAGGCCGGUAAUCACAGCACUCUAGGAAGCUGAGACUGGAUGUGAUGAUACAUGCCUGUCUAAUUCUGGCAGUCUGGGAGGCUGAGGCAGGAGGAUCUGAGUCUGACACCAAGCUGGGCUUCAUUGCUAGUUCAAGGUAGACUUAGAGAAAGUGAGACCCUAUUUUUGAAAUAAGGUCUCGCCAGAUUUCCCAAGCUGGCCUUGAAGUUUUAAUCCUCCCAACU